AUGGCAGACACUCAGGGGGGAGGCAGCCAGCCUGCUGUGCGGACGGCCAGCGACGAGGGAGCCGAGGCGCAGCGCGAAGAGAAGCGAAUCCCCUCCUGCAGAGAGAUCGCCGCUCACAUUUUGGAAGUGGUGCGGACGAGCGUGGAGGCGCUUCAACGCCUCGAGCCGCCUUCGGGCAGCCGGCUGCCUUCCUCGAAGAUGCCGCCUCUUCGUCUGCUCGCCUCCUGGCCUGCUGACGCACCCCCCCCCCCUUCGCCGAGAGUCGCAGCACCUCCAGCCCGCUCUUCGUCCACCCCCUCCUCCGCGCCCACACAGGCCGCGUCGUCGGCUUCCCCCACAGCUGCUGCAGGAGGCUCCUCUUCCGACCCCUUUUCGGGCGCCUUUGAGGUGUCUUCUCCUGCGCCUGGACCGCGCGCAAGAAGCGGCGCUUUGUCUCCGCCGCAGGCCUCCUCUUUGCGAAAUGCCGCGAGCGGCCGCCGCUGCGGCGCCGUUUCCCGGCGCCCCGAAGAGGCUGUAAACGCCGCCGAACCGCCGCAUGGGAGAGAGCCGAGCGCCUGGCGUAUGCAGGCCUCAGCUUCUCGACAGGGUGAGGCCGCGCAGGAGGAGGGACGCGUGGGUGGCGACGACGAAUGCAGCAGCGCUGCCGACGUGGGAAUACAUACGAGCGCAGAAGGCGUCGAACGACGGCGGCGAAGGGAUGGCAUGGACGCGUUUUUUGAAAGGCUCAGCGCGCCGCCUCACCUCGUUGCCGUGUCUGUGGGAAUGGCCGCUGCAGGCGCCUCCUUUUUGAAGCGUCAGCGGCAAGCGGCAGAGGCAUGUGGCGUGUCGCUUUCGCUCCUCGAGUUUCCAGUUCCUCUCACUGAACUCACGGAGCGCCUGCGGGAGCAAAGCGCCUCCAGCAGCGUUGAUGGCAUCGUUCUCCUCUCGCCAGUCCUCCGCCUUGACCCCACGGCGUCUUCGGCCUGCAGCUCGGGGGCCGCGUCUGCCUCGCCUUCGAUUUCUUCUCCCUCUCUCUCGCUGUCUUCGCCCUCUUCGGCUCCGCCUUCGUGCUCGCCGGCCUCUUGCGUCUCCGCGGCGGCUGACGGACUGGGCGAGCCUCCCGAGUCUGCGCUGGUGAAAGCGUCUGACACCUUCCUCGUGCACGUUCUGCAGGCGCUUGUCGCCGAAAAAGACGUCGAUGGCACCCUUCCAGCGAACUACGGCGCCAUGGCCGCCUGCGGAAAGUACGCAGGCCAACGCCAGCGCGCCGCGAAGCGCCGCGAAGGAGGAGACGGCGAGGCGGGCGCGGGAGAGGGAGCGAGCAAGCGGCGACCGCUGGGGGUGAGGGAAGGUGGCUGUGCGCGCGAACAAGCAGGAACCGUUGCAGAAGGAGCGAGAGAAGCAACAGCCACAGCCUUAGCCGGAGGCGAGCGCGUGACGCCUCCCUGCGCACAAGAAAAAACGCGCGCGCGAGGCCUGGAGAGCGAGCAGCCGCCGGAAGGAGGUUCAACAAGAGAACUCGCAAAGAAGGCAAGCGAGGUCGCCUCAGAAGAAGGAGCCGCGGCCAGGACCGUCCGACAUAACUCGACAGUCAGCGGAGGGGCGUGGGCGUGCGGAGAUGCGUGCGGAGCUCAGGAUGGAGAUGUGGCAAGAGGGGAGAGGGAAGAGAGGCAGGCGGAAGAGAGGCGAGAGUUGAGGCACCAGCUGAAGCGGAUUCUGAGAAAUCUCGAGGGCAAGGACGGCGACGACGGAGGGGACGCCCCCGAGGAGGGAGAAGAAUGCCUGGACACGCCGUUUUUCGCUCCCUGCGUCGCCGUCGCCACGAUUGAGAUUCUCAAAGCGUGGGGCGUGCCGCUCGCCGGCGCCCUCGUCAGCGUUGUUGGAACGAGCGCCAACGUCGGUCAGGCUUGCGCGCUUCUCCUCCUCCAGUGCCAAGCGACGGUAGUCGCCUGCAAUAGUCGCACGCGGAAUCUGGAGGCGCUCCUGAAGGCCUCAGACGUCAUCGUCGCAGCGGCAGGCUCGCCGCACCUGAUCUCGGCCGCCAUGGUAAAGGAGGGCGCGGCUGUCAUCGACGUCGGCGUGAGCGUCCUCGCGCCGCGCAGCUCAGCGGGGAGCGCCGCCACCGGCGCAGAGGCCGCGCGCCCAGCCCAGGGGAGCCUGCAGGACGACGCCGGAAGCUCCAGCAGGCGCGGAGCUUCUCAGGACGCGCGCGGCUCAAUCGCAUCUGCAGAGGCUCGAGGAGGCCCGGGGGGACGCGGAAAGGAAAGAUGGACGUCGCCGCGAGUGCUGGGGGACGUGGACUUCCAUCAGAUCGGGGAACGUGAAGACGAAGCUCGCCCAGCCGACGAAGCGGCCGACGCCGAAAAAAGAGGCGAAAACGACGCGGAGGAAGGGCAGGAGGCUGGGGUCCAGCGGCGAAGAGCGGAGGAAGCCGAAGGCGGAUGUGCACGCAGAGUCAUUGCGGAUUCAGCAAGAGCGCAUACGGAAGAAGAGAAAAGGAGGGAGCAGGCACCCGAGAAAGUGGCGACCAUCAACCAAGUGGGAAGGCGGCGACGCGCAGCUCCCCUCGCUACUAGGGAUCAUAUUAAGAACUAA